UCCUCCUCCUCCUCCUCCUUCUCCUCAUCACGACUUACUUGAUAUUACCGUAUUCAUCAACAUAGCUUCGCAGCAGCCUGCUGACUUCCAACACCAGCUGUGGAUAUCCCCAUUCUUCUAUUGAUUGCCCUCACGCGACGCAUCAGCCCAUCCAUGCAGCCACCCACCAUAGGAACUACCCGCUGAUACCUCGACUUGCCCCGGGCAAUCGCAAGGUCCAUCACUUCACCGGGUUCACUGCUUCAUUUGACGACCACCAUGUUACCACCUCACCUUCAGCAGGGUGUCGUCCGUCAACGAUCGCUCUCGAUGAGUGCUCUCCGCUCGUCUACCGCCGCUCCCCUCCUUCGCCCUGGCACUGCCUAUGCGCAGACACGCAGCUUGUGGUGGAAGCGGCCCUAUGACUACACUUCCCAGAUCGAUCCCAUGUAUCACCGAAUGAACCGAUAUCGAACACUGAAGACGCGGGCGAGGAUGCUCGAUAAGCUACGUAGAAAAGGCAAAUGGGAUUGGGAUGCGGUACAGCGCCCCUUCUUCACCCCGAAACACAUCAGAUGGGCGAGUCAUGUCGGCAAACCCAAGUGGACGCCCGAGCAAGAGCCACGAGACCGCACGAGCAAAGCCGAACGGGAUGAGCACCACGAUGGCUUUGAGCUCAGCCAACGUGAGCGGGAGUGGAAGGAUCACAUGGAGGCUUUGCGGAAGCGUAUCAAUCAAGAUCCAUAUGAGGCCGUGUUUGGAAGACGCUUCGAGCCCUUCUGGACCCCUCUGGUUCCCCACUGGAUGAAAGAGGAGAUGGGCCUACAGUCAAAGGAUGCUUCCGAGACCACAGCCACUUCCAACAGCAGAGAACAGAAAGUAGAAAGCGCUAAGGCACCCUAUAGACCACUCGGUCCGGAGCCGAUCCGGGCAAAGAGUCAAAUUGAUGCGAGCGAUGCGGCAUCGGAGCAUCAGUCCACGCCUGCACGAUACAGCUAUGAUCCCAAGAAGACAUCCAUUGACGUUAACAGUGAUUCGCCGAAUGGCCAGCAGACCAGCUAUUCAUAUGGAGCUACGACGAAGUGGGACUCAUGGACUAAGAAAGCCAGCCGCGUGGAGUGGGACUCCGUAUCCGGGGAGAAGCGACGUUAUGAGUAUGAUCCAAUCAGCAAUCGCAUGGUUCAGGUCAACGGCCCUCCAGAGUCGGAGGUCAGAAAGGUCGAAGAUGCUUUGAAAGACUAUCCAGCCAGAUCACAAUCCCCUCUCAUGUCUCAUGGCUGGCAAUCAGGUCUCGGCAACAAGACUUCCGAUUCAGCAGUAGUCGACGUUCCCAUAACGAGAUUCAACAACACUCGCCAGGCCAUAACAGUGCCCACCCAAGACAGCGCUGGCCAGAAGGCCUCUGUCUAUUUUCCUUCUUUGACUAACACCGCCAUUGUUGCAGACGCCCCAAAGCCAUCGUCACUUUCCAAACAUGAACGAUAUCCUGACACUUUGACUGCAAGUGAUGUUCGUGCUUCUGUGGGUCAGAGCAAAGCUGAACGAGGCCCACCAACGGUGCGCGAGGAAGAGCGCGCUUACCGUCACGGCAAACCAGAUCCUCGCAAAAUGAGUCAAUGGGAACAAGCAGAACACCGCAUGAUGCUCAAUGGGGAGCUCUAUGACAUUACAAAGCAAAAACAGAAGCUGCUCAAGCAAGAGUCUGGCUCCUUAGAGAACAUUCAGCGCGAUAUGGCCAAGCUGGAGACGCGCGCCUCUGAUCUCCACACGGAGCUUGAUGCUAUGGAUGGUGCUACUCCUACUGUAGUUGCUGCACAGCCAGGAACAGAGCGGGACUCGGGCACGUCCAUCACUGCGAAAUUUCACAACACAAGCGCGCAACCCACAUCCAAGUUGCAGCCCGCGCUAGAGCGCAUGCCAGCAAAGUCGACCAAAGUUGUAGAAGAUCCCGACGACUCGGCUGCACACGAGUCUACUGGUGACUUUGGCGGGUACAACUUUAAUGAUAUUCCCAAGCCUCGAACAAUUGCCGCUCGGCCUGCAGAGCGCACCCAACGACAAUUUACGACACAAAACGAUCUUGCACGAACCGAGGAUGACAGUCUGCGCAAGUCGGGCACCAGCAUGGUUGAACUGCUCCGAGAAAAGCGAAGUCUCGAAGAUCGUGUGCAGGGCGAGGUUCUUGGCCGCAAGUCUGCACCACGCUGGAUCGAUGUCAUGAAGGCUCGUCAGGCUGCUAAAGACGACAGGAAUUCGGAAGACAACGCUGUCACGGACAUCCGGGAUGCUGCAAAGAACGAAAGACUCGCGAAGGCAAAUGCUCUGCUGCAAGCGGAGAUUGAUGAGCAAAAGUCGUACAUGAACGCGCAUGAGCAUCGCCACCCUGCUGUUGCCGCAAGCUUGCAAGAGCUACCUGUCAAAACCGCUGUUGUGAGUGACAUUAGUCAGAGCGAACGCCAACGCUAUCAGGACAAGAUCAGAGACCUUCGCAAGGAGCUCGAUCUCGCGUACAAGCAGAGCAGCACCAACGCAGAAGGCCAUGUUGAUACCAUUCGAAAGCUCGAGAAGAAGCUUCAGACCAGUCUUGAGAGUCGAUCUGAUGUAUCUGAUGCCGAGAGAAAGAAAUAUGUAAAAAAGAUCAAGGCCCUGCGCGAAGAACUCGAUGCCACAUUCAAGCAGAGCAGCAUCAAUGCAGAGAUGCAUGUAGAGCGCAUUCGCGAGCUCGAGAAAGAGUCCGAGCAAUUCCGGGGUCGUAAUAAGCCCAUCGAUAUUCCGCAAGCAGAAGGUGACAUGAGCAUCAAUGUAGCCAAGUUCGCCAAGGAUAGCAGCAGAUGGUAUAAGCAGCCGGCGAUAGUCCAUGCCAGGAAUCUGCAGCAGCUUGAAAGUGAUUCUAGAAUCUUGAACAGGGAGCGUGACGCAGCGCUGUCAGAGCACGAGCUGAGGGCAGGAUCAGCAUAUGAACGGAAGGCUAAUCAGAAGAAGCAAGAUUUGCAGUCAAACAUCGCAGCAGGGCCGCAUCCAAUCGAUCAAGCUCUUGCGGAGUAUGAGCGAAAAGCUGUUCAAAGGGAGCGAGACCAAGCUUUGGUGAAAGAGGUGCGUGAUAUUUACGAGAAGCAGUACGGCACGAUCGACGUCCAUCACCGCCAGACGUCUGUCGACAAAGCGCUCGAGGAACAUGAGCGAAUGAUGAAGCCCGAGCCAAAAGCUGCUCCUGAAGCCUUCCAUGCGCUUGAUAAUCAGCAACCUCUUCCAACCUCGCUCGAUGCCGCGCUCAAGGUUCAUGAGCAGAAGCGGAAGCCUCAGACCAAGCUGGAAGAGUGCGAAACUCACCCUACCUCCCUUGACAGAGCGCUCGAAGCUCAUGAGCAGAAGCGAACGCCCCAGACCAAGCUAGACGACUGCGAAACUCGCCCUACACCCCUUGAUAGCGCGCUUGAAGCUUAUGAGCAGAAGCAAAAGCCCCAGACCAAGCUGGACGAUUGCGAAACUCACUCUACCCCCCUUGAUAGAGCGCUCGAAGCUCAUGAGCAGAAACGAAUGUCUCAAACCAAGCUGGAUAAUUAUGAUCACGCUUACUCUGUUAAGAACCAGGAGCACGAUCUCCACAAAAAUACUUCUCGACUUGAGAGGCAGGCUCGCGAAGCAGAGAUGGCUCAGCAAGAAAAAGAAGCACAUGACGCCCAAUCUGCUAUGGACCAGGAGGUUUGUGGCACACGCAGUCUGGACACUGAUGUUCAGCAUCCGAUCAAUACCGAAACCCAGCACACCGUCCAGUGGCAAGAGCCCCCAAUCUACAAAGUGCUCGCUUACGACUCGGGUAACGAUUUCCUCGUGACAUCAACCACAUCAACGAACUUUACUGGCCAAGAAACUCCUAUUUCGAUCCCUGAGGCUUUAUCGCAGCUCUACCAGCCCGCUCGCUUCAUCCCAGAGUUCGCCGAACUGCAGAAGCAGAACUUCCAGGUCAUUUACGCCACUCGAGAUCUGCUCGUGCUCGGCAAGGCCAAGACCACCCAGGUUGCAGCCGAAACGACCACUCUACAGGACCACGGUCUCAUCGUACCGCCAGAAGAGCCCACGUCCGCGGAGUCAGCUCCCAAGGUCAACCCAGUCGACAAGACCGGCUUGCAGGAACCCGUCACGGGCAGCUUCGCUUCUCCCACAGGCUUUGUAGGCGAUCGCUGGGAGUCCGAGGCAAGCACUGUCUCGCCUGAGACACAAGCUGUCGAUGCUGCUCUUAGUGAAUAUGAAGCUAAACACUAUCCCCGCGUGACACGACAGGAACGAGUAUUCUCUGGCAGUCGACUCAGUAGUAGAGGUUCAUCUUCAUCUUCAUCGCACACAUCGAAUAAGAAGAAGGAAGAGAAAGAACAGAGGAGAAAGUAUCGUGGUUGGAGGCGAAGUGCUAAAUGGGCUUUGAUAUCUGGAGUCGGAGUGGGUGUUGCGGCGUAUAGUAUCGGUGCUGCGGCCGAGAGAAGUCGAGAGAGGGACAUGGAGAGAUGGCAGAGGAUUCUGCAGGAGCAGAGGGCCUUGGGAGGUUUGGGGGCAGAUGGAAAGAGAUUGAGGGAUAGUGGGAGCGGCGUGUUUUGGAGAUGAUGCUAAUGACGCUAUGUGAAUGUGUCCGGUACGAUCGUUAUGAGGGCGUUCUUUGGGCAAAGGCAUGAGCACGGUGUUGUUGGGAUCGAGAUAUCAUAGGUUGUUCGAGUGUAACAGAACACUCGCUCUUGUAUCAGCUAAGAGCUCAGGAGUUGACAUAGUCCGCUCAAUCUUUACAAAUAAAAACUGAUCAUGCGCC